CUAAAGUAUAAGGUUUCGUUCUGAGGGAGAGAGAGAGCUGCGUUUGACCCGACUCGGCUUCGGUUUCCUCGUCUUUACCUCAGCUCUCUCAUUUAGUGUUAAGCUACACGACACUAUUUUUUUGCCUUAUUCAAAGUUUAUCUUGCCUUAAUUACCUGAGCAAAACAUCCCAUAAGGAAAUAUUUAUGGACUACACAUGGACUUAUUCCGUUCAGCAGUGGAUGUCUCGAAUAGCACUAUUGUGUGACACGCUGAGGAGGAAUGUGGCGGGACGGUGCGUGUGAAAGGAGCCAUGCCGACUCUGUGGAAGCGUAUCGUGUUCUCGGUAGGCUCCAUACUGAGUAUCGGCUCGGUGGUGCUCCUGAUCGUGGCGCUCUCCACCGAGCGCUGGAUCACUGCGACCAUCCUGUGUCAGACUGGGGUUGAUCUGGUGAACGCGUCGAAGCCGGAGCUCGAGCAGUUCACUGGAGAUAUUUACUACGGGCUCUUUCAAGGUGGCAAAACGCGGAAAUGUGGUCUCGGCAGUCGUCGGUUCAAAAUUUACAUUUUCCCAAAACUGAUUAGGAAAGUCAACAGUGGUCUUCAUAUGAUCAUAAUCUUCUUCCUCUUCUUCGCUAUUGGCUUUGCACUGGUGAGUCUGGCGUUCUGCAUUUACAAUGCCAGAAAAGUGCCUUACCAGUCCAUCAAAGGACCUUUAGGCCUCUACCUCUGGAACUUCAUAGCAGCUCUGUUCUGUUCUCUUGGCUUUGCCUGUUUCAUCGCAGCAGUUCGGUGUCAUCGGUUAACAGAACGUGUGGCGAACUUUCAUGAAAACCUGUUCCACCUCGUGGUUUUAGAAGAGAACCUGGGAUUCUCGUUUUGGCUCUGUGUUGCCAGCACUGUCUCACAUGGAGCCAAUAUUCUGGUGGUUGCUUCAAGCAAAAUUCAUCUGCCCAAAAUACAGACCAAAAAACCAGAGGAACCUACUACAACAGGAGAUGAUUUACUGUACUGAAAAACACGACGGACUCAAACUUGAGUAGAAAGACGAGAAAAACACUGUCCUUUUUUUUUUUUUAAACAAAUUAGCAGGAGUAUUGGACUCUGUAAACCAAUUGUCCUACACAAAAUGUUGUAUAUUGUAGAAGAAAGUGUUUCUAUGCUUAUGUGUAACAACAUCUGAGUCAACAUGCUAUUUAUUUUUGAUAUUAAUCUUACAUCAUUUUAAUUAUUUUUUUUUGUAUAUAGCAUUGUCUUUACUCAUCUAGGUUCAUCUAAGAACUGCAGCAAA